UUCUUCUUUUUUUUUUUUCUCCUUCCAUCGUCAAAAACCCUACACAUAUUUUCUCAUUGUCUUUAACUGUAAAAAUAAAAAAAUUAAAUAAAAAAAUAAAAAAAAUCCCAAAAAAAUAUAUAAUUCAUAAAAACAAGCACAAAGACGAGCUUUGUUUGUGUCCCCCUCCCCUAGAAAUUAGGAAAAAAAUGUGCAAAAAUUCAGCGGUGAAGUGAAAAAGGGUUAAAAAAAAAUGAGAGCAUCAUCAAUGGCCAAGGCAAAAGCAAAUCACCAUGGAAAUGGAGUAUAAGAGCAAAUGGUGAAGAAAUGAACUAUGGGUAAAACUGAAGAAGAGCAGAGAUUAAGUUCAAACGUGAGUAGUGAAGUAUCUGUGGUAGAAUCGAGCUCUACAAUUUCAACCAGAUUCGUUGUUUGUGGAUCUAAGAACACUCUCUUUGGUCUUCGAUGCUUCUUCGUUUUGUUGUUUUCUCUUGCAAUCUUCCUUUCGGCUUUGUUUUGGUUACCCCCUUUUCUUCAUUCUUCAGAUCACUCUGAUCUGGAUCUUGAUUCUAGGUUCAAAGAUCAUGAUAUAGUAGCAAGUUUUAAAGUUGAGAAGCCGGUUUCUUUUCUGGGAGACAAUAUCUUGCAGCUUGAAAAUGACAUUUUUGAUGAGAUAGACUUUCGUACGAGCAAAGUGGUUAUCUUAUCUCUCGAACCUUUAACUGAAUCGAACGUAACAAAGGUUGUGUUUGGGGUUGAUCCUGAUGCAAGGUAUUCGAAGAUAUCUCCAACUUCUCUAAGUUUGAUAAAGUCGUCGUUUGAGUAUUUGGUUAUACACCAAGCAUCUUUGAGCUUGACUAAAUCCUUGUUCGGGGAUUCAUACUUCUUCGAGGUGUUAAAAUUCCCGGGAGGGAUUACUGUGAUUCCCCGGCAAAGCGCUUUUCUUCUGCAGAAAGUGCAAAUCCAUUUCAACUUUACCUUGAACUUCUCUAUUUAUCAAAUACAAUUAUAUUUUGAUGAAUUAAGGAGCCAGCUCAAGUCUGGAUUGCAUUUAGCCCCAAACGAGAACUUGUAUAUCAUCUUAUCGAAUUCUAAAGGCUCCACUGCUGCUCCCCCCACUAUCGUUCAGUCAAAAGUUCUGCUUGCUGUAGGGAAUUCUCCAUCAACGCCAAGAUUAAAGCAACUAGCUCAAACCAUCACGGGUUCUCAUUCGAAAAACCUUGGCCUAAACCACACUGUAUUUGGUAAAGUUAAGCAAGUUCGCCUUUCUUCCAUUUUGCAACAUUCUCUUCACGGAGGUGACAGCAGUUCAAACUCACCUGCUCCUUCACCUCAUCCUGUCCACAGUAAUCAUCAUCACCACCACCACCACCACCAUCACCACCACCAUCACCAUCAUCACCAUAGUGCUGAUCUAGCUCCUGCAGUUGCACCCACUACAUCAACCGAGCAAGGUGCUGCACCUGCACCUGAAGCUCAUUCACCUACCCCUGAAACAGUUUCACCCGCAUCUCAAAGGCAUAACAAGGCAAACCCUCCUGGUUCCCAACAUGGGAAUAAAAGGAUCAAGGGGAAGCCUCGAGAGGGACCUAAUUUAGCCCCUGUUGCCACACCCAAAGUUUCCCCUCAUCAUUCGGCGGUCCCACCAAAUGUACACCCAUCAGCACUGGCACCCAAACCUAAACACAGACCAAUUACCUACUUAGCUCCCACAUCCAGUCCGCUGCCAAAUGUAGCGUUUGCUCAUGCCAAGCCUCCAUCAAAGAGUGAACCAAAUAAAGAGGAUCCUGAUAGGAUACCUUCAGUUUCACCAUCAGCAUCGGCACCUUUCUGUCUUCCAACUAUGCGAUGGCUGCUAUCUUUCCUAUUAGCUAUUAUUACUUUACAUUUAUAACAACAGGGUAUAUCAACCUAUUCUCUAGUUACAACCACUUCAAAACUGUAUAAUCCAAGAGUUUCUCGGACGAGAGCGAGAGCAAUGCCGAAGGGUGUUGGUCUCGUGUUUCGAGUGGGGGGGAUAUAUGCUGUUUUCUGUGCUGUAAAUAUGUUGAUUAACACGGCAACCAUUUUCAGGUCAAAAGUCACAAUGGUGGCAGGGCCUAUAGAUUAUGUGAUUGCUGCUGUUUUGUUGUAUUCUCUUUUGUUGAAAUCAAUAGAGGGAAAAAACCAAAUCUAUGUGCAUUA